AUUUUCGUUUCUUUCAUUCAAGAACACAGCAUCGUUGGACUACGCUAGCAUUAGACAACAAAGAUCAUGCGGCGAAAUAACAACAACAACCAGCGCCACCAGGCUGCCGAGAUUGACGAGCAACCUGACCAACAACGACAUGCUGCUGCUGCUGCUGCUGCUAGUGCCAGGCCUGCAUCUCCCGAGCCCGAGGACAUUCACGCUUCAUCGAGCAAGGCCAAGCUGCGCACAGCGGCCGACAUUUAUGGUCGAUUGCAGUGGGACCGCGACGCCGAAGCGUACGAGGAGGAUGGCGUUCAUGUUCGCGGUCGCGAGCCCGAGUCUGACUAUUACAUUGGGUACAUGGACCGCAUCACUGGUCUGUGCGAAAUGGCCUUGUCAGAGUUCCAGCCGUUCCCGGUUGGUGAGAUUCCGUGGCAUCGCGUCUGGUACUUUCGUAACUCGACCCACAUUGUCUGGGACCGGAUUGCUCGACUGGACUUUGUCUUCAUGUCCGGCGACACUCCUGCCUACGUGAACGCACACCACGAGCGCGACGGAAUUUUGACUGCCACCUCAAGGUUUGCCGACAUUUCACUGAUUGGCAGCGCCAAGGAUGUCGAAUACCUACAUCAGUGCGAGGUGUCCAAAACCCGCCCGGAUCACUCGUGCUUGUCCAAGUUCAACCCCAAGAACCGUCGUGCUCUGGUAUUUCAACAGCACCGCUUGGAUGCUCUCGACGCGGCCCAGGCUGAGCACCGACAAGCCAUGCGCUUGCAAUACUUUGCCGAGCAAGCUUGAGCAACUUUCGUCGGGUGUUCAGAGAGUGCACAGUGUGUAUACAAAAAAGGGCAUUUGGCAACAAACUAUCUGUAUUUAGUAGAGGGGGGUCGCCUGAAUAUGA